AUGUUCCAGCGGUCGCUCUUCACAGCUACCCUGCGGCAAGCAGCCCGCCCCAUCGCCCGCCAAGCCACCUCCCCAUUCAUCAGCAGAUCCAGCACAACCGUCCUUAACAACCCCUCGACGCUCUUCACCCCGUCCCAACAGGCGCGCUUCCUCUCCGCCAACACGCGCCAGGCGAUCGAAAAGGCCGUCGCCUCGGCCCCCGUGGUGCUCUUCAUGAAGGGAACCCCCGAGAUGCCCCAGUGCGGCUUCUCCCGGGCGAGCAUCCAGAUCCUGGGCCUCCAGGGCGUGGACCCGGAGAAGUUCGCCGCCUUCAACGUCCUCGAGGACGACGAGCUGCGGUCCGGCAUCAAGGAGUUCAGCGACUGGCCCACCAUCCCGCAGCUCUACAUCGACAAGGAGUUUGUCGGCGGGUGCGACAUCCUCGUCAGCAUGCACCAGGACGGCUCGCUGGCGAGCAUGCUCGAGGAGAAGGGCGUUUUGGCGCCUGGCGGUGGUGGUGCUGCCGCCGAGGAGGAGGCCAAGUGA